AUGGCUUCAGCAAAGUUAGCACAUCCAUCGUUUCCGGCGACAGCUUCACCACGGCUGAGACCAUCUCUUCAUCCUGAACACAUUUACCAGACCCAAUGCCAUAAUCCAGCAGCUGCCAUGUCAACGUUGUACCCUUGUAUCGGCUAUGCCAAUAAGUACAGGCCUGCUCCCCCAGAAGCCUAUAACUUCUACAUCCAUGGUGUCGAGCAGCUUGUGGGUAUCGUUCCAAAAUAUUUCGCGGAUGAACUAUUAUGGGACCCCAGGUUCUCCUUCCAUGAGGAUUCUGAUGCUGAAGAUGGAGACAACAUCAUUGGGAAAAUAACUCUUCGUACCGAACCCACAAGGAAUGAUGAUGUUCAGCUUCCUUGUGUUGAAGAUAUUCCAAAGUGCUGCGAAGCAGCAUUCGAAGAACUCAUUGCGGAUAAUUCAGCCAAAUUUCCCUCUUUCGCCAAGUGGCUGAACACACCAUUUGAAGAGCGAGAAUACUCGUUAAUACAUCUCUGUGAUGAUGAAAUUCCAGGGAGAAUACGCAUUCCGUCCUUUUUGAAGGGCUUCUUGGGAAUUUUGACGGUUGGGGUGCAUCUCAACGUCUUUAGCCGAGAUUAUAAUACUGGCGCAUUCUCCAUCUGGGUUUCUCAGCGGGCCAGAGGUCGCGAUGUGGCAUAUCCGGGAAUGCUAGACCAGAUUGUCGCCGGUGGCGUGGAUAUUGACGACGAAAUCGAGGGGUAUCUGGCUCCCAGCAAGACCCUGAUCCGUGAGGCCAGAGAAGAAACUGGCCUCUCAAUCGACUGGGAUACGAAAACAGUGUCUACGCCUGGCACGCCGACGGCGCCAAAGAUAGAUCUUGGCAAGGUGCAAAGAGUUUCGAAUAUCACCUUUUUCGACAAGAAAGAUUGGAAGGCAGGUAAUCUUAACAAAGAUCAUCUGGAACCAGGCCUCAGAAUCAUAUACGACCUCGAAAUUAAAGAACCUAAAAAGUUCCAUCCACAAGGAAUCGAGGAGGGGAUCGAGAAGCUUGAAUGUAUGAAUGUGUCAGAGGUAAAGAAAAGCCUAUUGGCCAACAAAUGGAAGCCAAAUUGCGGGCUCGUGAUGCUUGACUUCUUACUUCGCCGCAAUAUCAUUAACGCCAAUAACGAUGCGUCUUUUAGUCGAAUGCUACAAGACCUACGCCCAGAAAUGCCAAUGAGGUUCGCAGAAAAAUACCAGAGGAACAUCAGGGGGUGGUAG